CCAGCAUGCCCGGCGUGGCCCGCCUGCCGCUGCCGCUGCUGCUCGGGCUGCUGCUGCUCCCGCGCCCCGGCCGCCCGCUGGACUUGGCCGACUACACCUAUGACCUGGGCGAGGAGGACGACGCGGAGCCCCUGAACUACAAAGACCCCUGCAAGGCGGCUGCCUUCCUCGGGGACAUCGCCCUGGAUGAGGAGGAUCUGAGGGCCUUCCAGGUGCAGCAGGCCUCGGACUUCAGACAGCGUACGAUCCGCAGGUCUUCCAUCACAGCUGCAGGUACACUGGGAAACACCUCUACCCCCAGCUGCCAGCAGGCUAACGGGCAGCCUCGGAGGAGAAGCCCGGGGAGGUGGAGAAGCAGGUCCCGGAGCCGGCGGGCGGCGACGUCCAGACCCGAGCGCGUGUGGCCUGAUGGGGUCAUCCCCUUUGUCAUUGGGGGAAACUUCACUGGCAGCCAGAGGGCAGUCUUCCGGCAGGCCAUGCGGCACUGGGAGAAGCACACCUGUGUUACCUUCCUGGAGCGCACCGAUGAGGACAGCUACAUUGUAUUCACCUAUCGACCCUGCGGGUGCUGCUCCUACGUGGGUCGCCGUGGUGGGGGCCCGCAGGCCAUCUCCAUCGGCAAGAACUGUGACAAGUUUGGAAUCGUGGUGCAUGAGCUGGGCCACGUCAUCGGCUUCUGGCACGAGCACACGCGGCCCGACCGGGACCGCCACGUCUCCAUCGUGCGUGAGAACAUCCAGCCAGGGCAGGAGUAUAACUUCCUGAAGAUGGAGGUCCAAGAGGUAGAGUCCCUGGGGGAGACCUACGAUUUUGACAGUAUCAUGCACUAUGCCCGCAACACAUUCUCCAGGGGCAUCUUCCUGGACACCAUUGUUCCCAAGUACGAGGUGAAUGGGGUGAAACCUCCCAUCGGCCAAAGGACCCGGCUCAGCAAGGGGGACAUCGCCCAGGCCCGCAAGCUCUACAAGUGUCCAGCCUGUGGAGAGACCCUACAAGACAGCACAGGCAACUUCUCCUCUCCUGAGUACCCCAAUGGCUACUCCGCCCACAUGCACUGUGUAUGGCGCAUCUCCGUCACACCUGGGGAGAAGAUCAUUCUGAACUUCACAUCCAUGGACCUGUACCGUAGCCGCCUGUGCUGGUACGACUACGUGGAGGUCCGAGAUGGCUUUUGGAGGAAGGCGCCCCUCCGAGGCCGCUUCUGCGGGGGCAAACUCCCUGAGCCUAUCGUCUCCACGGACAGCCGCCUCUGGGUUGAAUUCCGAAGCAGUAGCAACUGGGUCGGGAAGGGCUUCUUUGCAGUCUAUGAAGCCAUCUGUGGGGGAGAUGUGAAAAAGGACAAUGGCCACAUCCAGUCGCCCAAUUACCCAGAUGAUUACCGGCCCAGCAAAGUCUGCAUCUGGCGGAUCCAGGUGUCCGAGGGCUUCCACGUGGGCCUCACCUUCCAGUCCUUCGAGAUUGAGCGCCACGACAGCUGCGCCUAUGACUACCUGGAGGUGCGAGACGGGCACAGUGAGAGCAGCACCCUCAUCGGGCGCUACUGUGGCUACGAGAAGCCUGAUGACAUCAAGAGCACCUCCAGCCGCCUCUGGCUCAAGUUCGUCUCUGACGGGUCCAUUAACAAAGCCGGUUUUGCUGUCAACUUUUUCAAAGAAGUGGACGAGUGCUCUCGGCCCAACCGUGGGGGCUGUGAGCAGCGGUGCCUCAACACCCUGGGCAGCUACAAGUGCAGCUGUGACCCUGGGUACGAGCUGGCCCCUGACAAGCGCCGCUGUGAGGGUGAGUGUCCCCAGACCGCCCCAUACCGUAUCUCCCUGCAGUUCGACUUCUUCGAGACCGAGGGCAACGACGUGUGCAAGUACGACUUCGUGGAGGUGCGCAGUGGACUCACAGCUGACUCCAAGCUGCACGGCAAGUUCUGUGGCUCUGAGAAGCCCGAGGUCAUCACCUCCCAGUACAACAACAUGCGCGUGGAGUUCAAGUCCGACAACACCGUCUCCAAAAAGGGCUUCAAGGCCCACUUCUUCUCAGAAAAGAGGCCGGCUCUGCAGCCCCCUCGGGGACGACCCCACCAGCUCAAAUUCCGAGUACAGAAAAGAAACCGGACCCCCCAGUGAGGCCCCCCAGCCUCCCGGACCCUUUGUUACUCAGGAACCUCACCUUGGACAGAAUGGGAUGGGGGCUCCCGAGCCGCCCACCCCCACCUCCGCUCUGCCACUCCGGCCUGCCUCCCUCUGGCCGGACAGAACUGGUGCUCUCCUCCUCCCUGCGUCCCCCUCACAUGGACAGGGGACCUUCCCCAUCCCCACACCCUCCCAUGUUGAUGGUGUCUGUGACAUUAUCCUGUUGUGAAGUAAAAAAGGGACCCCUGCGUCCUGCUCCUUUCUCUUGCA